AUGAGUUUUGCGAAAAAAGUAGUUCUAAUCACAGGUGGGAGUGCUGGUAUAGGUUUUACCACAACGGAGUUUUUUGCCAAAGAAAGUGCUGCAGUAGUCAUCGUUGGUAAAAACGAAAAAAAGUUAAAUGGAAUUGCCAACCGUUGUGUACAAUUAGGAGCGCCAGUAUAUGUCAUCAAAGCAGACUUGACUGAAAACGAUCAAGCAGAAAUAGUCGUUAAGAAAACUAUCAGAAAAUAUGGACAAUUGGAUGUACUAGUCAACAAUUCUGGAAUAAAGAAAGAGGUCCCCUUUCUGUCAGAAAACUUUCUGCCAACUUACGAUGAAGUAAUGAACGUAAACCUCAGAAGUGUUGUACGCAUCACUCACUUUGCCGUUCCUCAUCUAAUCAAGACUAAAGGCAAUAUAAUCAAUAUAUCGAGUCAGACUGGGAUUAAUACUGCAGGACCUGAAAACGUAGCUUACAGAACUUCAAAAGCUGGAAUUAAACAUUUUACUAAAAGCCUGUCAUUAGAACUUGCUCCUUUUGGAAUCAGGAUUAAUACGAUCUGUCCAGGGCCUGUGCUGACCAACACGUUCGAGGGCAGGGAAGUAAAUCCAGACAAGUCGAAAACUGCUUUGUGUAAAAUAUGUGACCCUGAAGAGAUUGCUAACCUGAUACUGUACGUAGCUAGUGAAAGGGCAAAAGGGGUCACGGGCUCGAAUUUCUUAGUGGAUAAUGGUGGUUUAUUGUUGGAUAAAUUAAUAUAG